UGCGAAACACGUUCCCUCUGCCCGCCAGGUGGCGCCUCUGCAGCACGUCUCCCUUCUCCUCAAGCAGUGAAACAACAAACCGAACAGAGCAAGCGGGGUAAAAGAGAGAGAGUCCAAACCCGCUUCUGACCGCCACUUUCAAACUCCUCUGUCAAAUAACCUGGUAUAAUUACAAAAUACAGGUCUCGAACCGUCCCAAAUCUGGAUUACUACAACCAUAUGAGCCUGGGAGCCGGCCGAGGUCGACAUCAGCGGCGAGGAUUUUGUUCCUAGGAAAGGGGACAAAAAGUGAGUCUUUGGGAUAUUGGUCCAGUCCUGUUUAUGAAGAGAGUGGAAGUCCUUUCUAAUUUGCAGUGGUACAGAAGAUGUUAAAGAAAUGAUAGCAGCACCAGAAUUACACACAGAGUUUAAUUUUUCUCAGGAAACUGAUCCACACUUCUCAUCUGAUACUGACUUUGAAGAUCCAGAUGGAAGGAAUCAAAAACCAAGCAAAGGAAAAACUAUUAAAAAGGGUAAAAAAGUCCCAGGAGAGAAGGGGAAAGGUGGAGGCCUCAAUCGGAUGAAUGGACACCACCAGGAAAAUGGGAUGGAAAACAUGAUGCUGUUUGAGGUGGUGAAAAUGGGAAAGAGUGCCAUGCAGUCUGUCGUGGAUGAUUGGAUAGAGUCCUACAAACACGACCGGGACAUGGCACUUCUUGACCUCAUCAACUUUUUCAUCCAGUGUUCAGGCUGUAAAGGUGUUGUAUCGGCGGAAAUGUUUAGACAUAUGCAGAAUUCAGAAAUAAUUAGGAAGAUGACAGAAGAGUUUGAUGAGGACAGCGGUGACUACCCACUUACAAUCGCUGGGCCCCAGUGGAAGAAGUUCAAGUCAAGUUUCUGUGAGUUCAUCGGGGUUCUAGUUCGACAGUGUCAGUACAGUAUCAUAUAUGAUGAAUACAUGAUGGACACCGUGAUCUCACUUCUAACAGGACUGUCUGACUCCCAGGUCAGAGCUUUCAGGCACACCAGCACAUUGGCAGCAAUGAAGCUGAUGACUGCCUUGGUAAACGUUGCACUGAAUCUCAGCAUUAAUAUGGACAACACGCAAAGGCAAUAUGAGACUGAGAGAAACAAAAUGAUUGGCAAGAGAGCCAAUGAUAAGCUAGAGCUCUUGUUACAGAAACGCAAGGAGCUUCAAGAAAAUCAGGAUGAAAUUGAGAAUAUGAUGAAUGCAAUAUUCAAAGGUGUUUUUGUUCACAGAUACCGUGAUGCUAUAGCUGAAAUCCGUGCAAUCUGUAUUGAAGAGAUUGGUGUGUGGAUGAAGAUGUACAGUGAUGCAUUUCUCAAUGACAGCUAUUUAAAGUACGUGGGAUGGACCAUGCAUGAUAAGCAAGGUGAAGUGAGACUUAAAUGUCUGACAGCUCUGCAGGGUCUUUAUUACAACAGAGAGCUUAAUGCCAAGCUUGAGCUGUUCACAAGUCGUUUCAAGGAUCGAAUUGUUUCAAUGACACUGGAUAAGGAGUAUGAUGUGGCAGUACAAGCAAUAAAACUUUUAACCCUUGUAUUACAUAGUAGUGAUGAAGUUCUAACCUCGGAGGACUGUGAAAAUGUCUAUCACUUGGUUUACUCAGCUCAUCGGCCAGUAGCUGUGGCAGCAGGAGAGUUCCUUUACAAAAAACUCUUUAGUCACAGGGAUCCUGAAGAAGAAGGGAUGCCUAAAAGGAGGGGCCGACAAAGUCCCAAUGCUAACCUUGUGAAGACCUUGGUAUUUUUCUUCUUGGAAAGUGAGCUGCAUGAGCAUGCCGCCUACCUCGUGGACAGCAUGUGGGACUGUGCCUCAGAGCUGUUGAAGGAUUGGGAGUGUAUGAUCAGCCUUCUGCUAGAAGAACCACUUCCAGGAGAGGAAGCCCUGACGGACAGGCAGGAGACAGCACUGAUUGAAAUAAUGCUGUGCACUAUACGACAGGCAUCGGAGUGCCACCCCCCUGUGGGAAGAGGAACUGGGAAAAGGGUGCUCACGGCGAAAGAGAAGAAAUCCCAGCUUGAUGAUCGCACGAGAAUAACAGAACUCUUUGCAGUGUCAUUGCCUCAGUUAUUAUCCAAGUAUUCUGUAGAUGCAGAAAAGGUAACCAACUUGUUACAACUGCCACAGUACUUUGAUUUGGAAAUCUACACAACAGGCCGGUUGGAAAAGCACUUGGAUUCUUUGUUACGGCAAAUCAGGGAAAUUGUUGCGAAGCACACAGAUACUGAUGUUUUAGAGGCCUGCUCUAAAACCUGCCAUGCCCUCUGCAAUGAAGAGUUCACAAUAUUUAACAGGGUGGACAUUGCAAGGAGCCAGAUGUUGGAUGAGCUUGUAGAUAAGUUUAACCAGCUACUAGAGGACUUCUUGCAGGAGGGAGAAGAGCCUGAUGAGGACGAUGCUUAUCAGGUCUUAUCUACACUGAAGAGGAUCACAGCCUUUCAUAAUGCCCAUGAUCUCUCUCGGUGGGAUUUGUUUAAUAGCAACUACAAGUUACUUAAAACGGGCAUUGAAAAUGGGGAUAUGCCAGAACAGAUUGUUAUUCAUGCACUGCAGUGUACCCACUAUGUUAUCCUGUGGAAUCUAGCCAAGAUUUCAGAAGGCAGUUCGACAAAGGAUGAUAUGGUGAAAUUGAGGAAACAGAUGAGGGCUUUCUGUCAGGUCUGCCAGCACUACCUGACCAAUGUUAAUACAACAGUCAAAGAACAGGCCUUCACUAUCCUUUGUGAUGUCCUGAUGAUAUUUAGCCAUCAGAUUGUAUCAGGAGGUCGUGAAAUCAUGGAGCCCUUGGUUUACAAUCCAGAUUCCUCUCUGCAGUCUGACCUACUUAACUUUAUUCUGGAUCAUGUUUUUAUUGAUCAGGAUGAUGACAGUAAUAGUACAGAUGGUCAGCAAGAUGACGAAGCUGGUAAGAUUGAAGCUUUGCACAAAAGACGAAACUUACUUGCAGCUUAUUGUAAACUAAUAGUUUAUAAUGUGGUGGAAAUUAAUACCGGGGCAGACAUAUUCAAACAAUAUAUGAGGUAUUACAAUGACUAUGGAGAUAUCAUCAAAGAAACUAUGAGCAAGACGAGACAAAUAGACAAAAUCCAAUGUGCAAAAACCCUCAUACUGAGCUUGCAACAGCUUUUUAAUGAGAUGCUCUCAGAGCUUGGCUCUAACUUUGACCGAUCAUCUUCAGCCUUCUGUGGUAUUAAGGAGCUUGCUCGACGUUUCUCCUUGACGUUUGGGCUUGAUCAAGUCAAAACAAGGGACGCGAUUGCUAUGUUACAUAAAGACGGCAUAGAAUUUGCUUUCAAAGAGCCCAGCCCUCAUGGUGAAGGGCACACUCCUGUUAAUCUUGCCUUCUUGGAUAUCCUGAGUGAAUUUUCCUCCAAACUGCUUCGGCAAGACAAGAAGACAGUGCAUGUUUACCUUGAGAAGUUCAUGACAUUUCAGAUGGCGCUACGCAGGGAGGAUUGUUGGCUUCCCCUGAUUUCCUACAGAAAUUCCUUACAGGUUGGGGGAGAUGACGAUACAAUGUCAGUAAUCAGUGGAAUAAGCAGUCGAGGCUCUGUGAGGAGUAAAAAGACAAAACCAGCCACUGCCAAGCGAAAAGUGGCAGAAGCUGAGGAAAGCAGUAGCAGUGAUGGGAUGUGGAUGAACAGGGAACAGACACUGCAGAGCCCGGUUAUGAUGCAGACGCCGCACCUUACAUCUACGGUCAUGAGAGAACCCAAGAGGUUACGGCCGGAAGAAAGUUACCUGGGAGUCUACCCCAUGCAGCCCGAGCAGCAACAGCAACAGCAGCAGCAGCAGCAGCACCAUCAUCCUCAAACUCCUAUAGACUACAAUACCCAGGUUACUUGGAUGUUGGCUCAGAGACAGCAAGAAGAAGCGAGACAGCAGCAAGAAAGAGCUGCCAUGAAUUACGCCAAAUUGAGAACCAACCUGCAGCAUGCAAUCCGGCGUGGUACAGGACUAAUGGAGGACGACGAAGAGCCAAUAGUAGAAGAUGUGAUGAUGUCUUCUGAAGGUCGCAUUGAGGAUCUCAAUGAGGGCAUGGAUUUUGACACAAUGGACAUUGAUUUGCCACCAUCCAAAAACAGAAGAGAGAGAACAGAACUGAAACCUGACUACUUCGACCCUGCUUCCAUCAUGGAGGAUUCUGUUCUUGGAGUUUCAAUGUUCUAAGCAGAUUUUUCAGAAGAUUUGCUGCAGUCUUUUUUUCGAGAAAUCAAGGCAGUUCUAUUACAGUAAACAUCUUGAUGCUGUACUGUUUUUUUUUCUCCUCUGGAGAAUGUUUAUUGGACAUGCUGUUUGGACUAAGUGCAUUUAGAGGCAAUAAUGUUUGCCUGCUGAGGUGAUUUGUUAAAACUACUAAAGUUCAUAAUCGGUGGGUAAGCUUUCCCUAGUUAGUUGUGCAGUUGCUCACAAUUUACAGAAGCUUUCAAGUCUAAAUUUUAAAUCCUGUCUAUACAAAAAAAUAAUAAAUUUAGCUUGUAGAACGGCACAGAACUUUGAAAUGAGAGGGGUCACUCAGCAGAUUAUGAAUCGGGUUAUGUUAGUUUUGUGAACAAAGGAAUGACAAGUUUAAGAACAUAAAACAAGCCUUUGUUUAAUGUACAGCUGUGUGUAAGAGAAAGCAAUCCCAUGUAAAGUAUUAAUUUAUAAAUGAUUUAUUGCUAAUCGGUAGCAGCAGGUUUUCAUGAAUUAAGAAACGCAUUUUUUAUUUGUAUUUUUAAUGAUGAAAUGAUUUACGAGCGUGAUGAAAAGGCUGUAGUCGAACCUCUACAUUUAAGUAUGUGUUUGUUGUUUUUUUUUGUUGUUGUUGAAACAUGAAAGGAAAAAAGAUGUGCCAAAGGCUAAUCAUGUGUAGGCAUAUUCUGAAUAAUGAGCUCCAGAGCUAAAUUCCUAUUGGCACUGCUGUACCAUCACAACAGUGCAGGAAACUAAUGAGGAUGACUGCUUGUACAAGUAGCCAUUUAGCUUACCCAAAGAUUAGAACUAUGUUUGCUUGUCUUUUUUUUUUUUUUUGAGAGACUAAUAUUAAGGAAGCAAGUUCAAAUCCUUCCAGUAGUGCCACUGUAUUGUGUCUCUAAUAAAAUGAGCUUGGUAUAGUAUGUUUGCUGAAAAUAAUUCUCUAAACACAAUUAUACAGCUUAUUAGAGUGUGGGAAUAGGUAUCUAAAUUUUAAAUAGUUAUAUAUAUAAAUUGGUGCUGAUUUUUAUAAUCGCGCGAUUUGUUUAGUUUUUCUUACUUUUAAAUUCCAACCUAAAAUUCUAAGGUUUCAGAAAUAUAAGAAAAUAAAAACAAUGUUUAAAAAUAAAAGCAUGUGUAUUCAUGCUUUAAAAAAAAAGAUUUUUAAAUGUGUAUUUUAUAUUGUUUUAUCUUUGUCUUGGCAAACAGUCUUCAGGUUUCAGUACCUUUUUGUUUUUGCUAUAUAUGUAAAUUAGUUUGGAUAACAGAUUCAUGAAGUUCUCCGUAUUCUUUUAAAGUUGAAGUUUAAUUUCAAAUGUCCUUUCACAAACCCUUAAGUCUGUAACAUAAAAUCGUUUGAAUUACUAUUUGGAAAUGAACUUUCAUUCUGCAACGCUUGGGCAGCUACACACCGCUUAAGUAAACAUUAACUUAUAGUACAAAUGUACUUUUUUAUUUUUUAUUAUGUCUUGUUUAUUGAGGUACAUUCUUUAUAAUCAUUCCAUGCCUUAAUAUGCUUGCAAUACAAAACUCCCUCUUUCUCUUGCAGAAAUCUUCCAUGUAUCUAAAUAAAUAGUUAUGUUUCAAGGAUGUAUUUUGGAGCUGUGGUAGCCAAGAACCAUAGAAAUGAACUAGUGUUAUAUUAAAACAGAGUAGAAAUGUUAUUGAUACAGCAUAUGUUUUUGUGUUUUACGUAAUUAUUUUUACGUAAUAAAAUGACUCUUAUGCUUUUCAAGAAUACUGCCUAGUUUCAGACCACUGCAUUAACAGAGCUGCUGAAAGGACUGUACAGUAUAUAUAUAUAUAUACAUUUCAGUGCAAGCUGGUUUUCUUCUUUUUUCUAUUUUUAAAGGUGUGUUUCUUUGUGUGAGCAGUUCUUUUAAAGCUGUAUGUUUUUCAAUCAGCUUAAAAUGUUUUAUAUAUUUACCUUAUCCCGUUGUCCUCCACCUCCUGUCGUCCACUGUACUGUUUCUGAUUUGUAUUUAUGUCUGGAGACAGUAACUUUUUGAAUAAAAGUAACCCUUCUGCA